UCUAAUCACAUGUUUUGAAUAUGGGUCAGCUGUGGUUCAAGCAUUGACUCAUGAUCCAUUGGCUCCGACCGAGCGUCGCAAGCUGAUCUGUCGUGAAGAGAAACAAUCGCAAGUGUCCAUUGCUGCCAUGCGGGCUAUUGAGCGGCAGAACCAAUGGCCAGUGCUCGUCCCUAAACAUAUCGUCACUGAGUGCUGGGAUGCGUAUUCGAAAGCGAGCGUAAUUCGUCUGGACUGCAUCUUGAUUCUCUUCGUGUCACUGAUACUUUUAUCGUGUCGUGCAAAACCAUGCAGGAGUUGUAUCCGUCAACGACAACUCUGAGUCUGAACGUAUGUAGCUCAUGUCACGCCGCAUUGCGAAGGUUCCACGUCUUGCCCUUCGAAACAACUUGUAUCGCGGCGACCUUCCUGUCCAGUUUCAAGACCUUACUUGGAUUGAGGAGAAAAUUUGUGCGAUAUACUGUGUCACCGCUCAUCAUAUAAUUCCACUCGCUGACAAGACAUACAAAUCAGACCAAUGUACAUCGAACUGCCUCAAAAUUUGAACCGGACCGAUUUCCCAAACAAACAUCAUGUAGUUUUACUCG